CCUCACUCCAAACUCGUGAGAGACCUCCACUUCACGAAUACUAACUCCAGGCCCCGCCACGACACCACCGUGACAAUCUUCAAGAUGGCCGAAUCAGGAAAGGACAAGUCAGCGAAUCCCAUGCGAGAGCUCCGAAUCAGCAAGCUGGUUCUGAAUAUCUCGGUGGGAGAGUCCGGUGAUCGCUUGACUAGGGCCGCAAAGGUCUUGGAACAGCUUUCCGGUCAAACUCCUGUCUACUCCAAGGCGCGAUACACCGUCCGAACCUUCGGUAUCCGUCGUAACGAGAAGAUCGCCGUCCACGUCACCGUCCGAGGACCAAAGGCUGAGGAGAUUCUCGAGCGUGGCCUCAAGGUCAAGGAAUACGAACUCCGCAAGAAAAACUUCAGCUCCUCCGGCAACUUCGGAUUCGGUAUCUCGGAACAUAUCGACUUGGGCAUCAAAUACGACCCCUCCAUUGGAAUUUACGGAAUGGACUUCUACUGCUGCAUGACCCGCCCCGGUGCCCGCGUUGCUAAGCGUAGGCGUGCUACCUCCAAGAUCGGUGCCGCUCACCGCAUCAACCAGGCCGAAACCAUCAAGUGGUACAAGAACCGAUUCGAGGGCAUCGUGCGAUAGAUGGGGGGAGGUUUCCGGAGGGUCUAUUUCGGCAUCAGGGCAUGCAUACCCGACUUUCAGUGCUGGCUCGAUUGUUCACUCACGGCGUCUCCAUG